AUGGAUUCACUAAAAGCCCUCUUUACGAGCCAGCUGGGCCCCAAGAUGGAGGAUCCUGAAGAGGAAACCUUUAUUCUAUUCUCUCAGGACAUCCCAUCCCAGAACCUUGGCUUCAUUGACCCCUCGGCCUCGAUGCUUGAGCUCACCGUCGCCGGCAGAGAUCUGACCAUCUACCAAUCGCCAGGAAUUCUGUCGUCGACCAGGUCCGGUGGCACAACCGGUGCAGUUGUAUGGAAGGUUACACCCCUCUUUGCCGAGUGGAUCUCUACCCCGGACAACAUCCUCGCCAGCGCCGGCGUAAUCUCCCAGUCAUCUUCUGUCCUGGAGUUGGGUUGCGGCACCUCUGCCGUGGUAGGCCUCGUCCUCGCCCCGUCCGUGGCGUCCUUCACCAUGACGGACCAGUCGUACGUGGCACGGCUGGUUGAGCAGAACAUACAAGAAAACAAUAAUAGCAUCAAGUCCAAGGCGGCCAAGGGUAGGAGGGCCAAGUCGGCCCCUCAACAGCAGCAACAGCAGCAGCAGGCAUUGCGCUUCAUGCCGCUCGACUGGGAAACGGACCAAGUGACCGCCUCGCUGACUGGAUCUCCCCAAGCCAAGAGCUUCGAUCUCGUCAUUGCCUGCGAUUGCAUCUACAACGAGUCUCUUAUCGACCCUCUAGCUCAAACUUGUGUUGACGUUUGCAGGCUGAGAGAGCUCGAGGCCGCACCUUCUAGUGAUGGAACCUCACGUCCAACCGUUUGUGUCGUUGCGCAACAGCUUCGGGAUCCCGACAUUUUUGAGAGCUGGAUAAAGCGCUUUCAUCGUUCUUUUCAAGUCUGGCGAGUGCCCGACACAAGUUUACCUGAAGGGCUACGAUCAACCUCUGGAUUUGUUGUGCACGUUGGGUUGCUCAAGUAA